UUUCGAACAGAGAAGCAGACUCUCGCUCGCCAUGGCAAGAACCAAGCAGACCGCCCGUAAAUCCACCGGAGGAAAGGCUCCCAGGAAACAGCUGGCCACCAAGGCUGCCCGUAAGAGCGCCCCGGCCACCGGUGGCGUGAAGAAGCCUCACCGUUACAGGCCCGGUACCGUGGCUCUGAGGGAGAUCCGCCGCUACCAGAAGUCCACCGAGCUGCUGAUCCGCAAGCUGCCCUUCCAGCGCCUGGUGAGGGAGAUCGCUCAGGACUUCAAGACCGACCUGCGCUUCCAGAGCUCUGCCGUCAUGGCUCUGCAGGAGUCUAGCGAGGCCUACCUGGUCGGCCUGUUCGAGGACACCAACCUGUGCGCCAUCCACGCCAAGAGGGUCACCAUCAUGCCCAAGGACAUCCAGCUGGCCCGCCGUAUCCGCGGAGAGAGGGCUUAAACUGACCUGAGACCAGAACACCGAAACACAACGGCUCUUUUAAGAGCCACACAAACACACUUAAAAGAGAUACUAAUCCUGAAAUAUACCUAUUUAUGCAAUUGACAACAUUACAGUUACUGUAUUGCUGAGGAGAUUAAAUUGUUAUUUCAUAAAACAGUCUUACAUUAGUACACACCUAGGUGCAUGGUGCACAAAUGUCCCAUAUUUAUUAUAACGGCACAUUCCCUAGUAGUCUUCUCUCCUACAAUGGGGUUCCAUUUUGCUACGACAACCUGUGGGCUGCGAGCACAGGAUUGGCUGAGCGUUGUGGUCGCUACUGAGCAUGCGCUGGAACUGCCAUUUCGAAAUAUUACACAACUCUUAUCUCUCAAGAUGACUCAUCAGGUUAAUAUUAUGUAUUACUAUAAG